GGUGUCUCAUGCAAUAGAUGGAACCCGCGAUUGCAUCGACUGUCAACGGUGGAGAGACAUGCGCCAUGGAGACGGAGGACAUUCUGAAGGGUUUUGCAGAUGGCAGCAAGGAAGGGAAUUCGGCUGGAGGGAACACCGCAGACUGUGCAGAGGUGCUUGCGACAAUAUAUGCACAGACUGCAGAGAUUAUGGGUGAUGGUGAUGAAACAGAGAAUGGCGCAGGAGGGAGCACUUGUGAGACGGAAAAGGUUGGGGAAGAGAGAGAGGAGGGAGGUCUGGGAAGCAAGGAAUCUCAGACAGGUUGUAUUGUGAAAGAUGAAAAUGUGGUGAAGACAUCAGCAGGAGAAGAGUACCCAUAUGACAUCAAUUGGGUGUCGGGUCGUGUUCAACCGGGUAUUGUUGGAGGAGCACCCUGCUUUUCGUCCAAGGUCGAUGAGACAUGGGGCGAGUUCAGGCUGAACGAUUUUUUGUAUGACAGUUUUGAUUGCGAACAGUCAUGGGUGAUUGGUGGGAACGACGCAACAGGGAGUACGGCUUGCCACGAGACCGAUGCGAGGAGGGAUCCUAGGUUGGGUUGGGUGCCAUGUGCGAUCCCGAUUCCAUGUGGCCGUAUGAGGAUGAUGAUGCGUGAUGCCAUGGGAAAUGUCAUGAGCACGCAUUAUGUGAAUGGCAACUUCUCCUUCAGGAACCUCGACAGGGAGGUCUCAGAAGACGAGAAAAAGGCAAUGGCAUGUCCUACCCAUACUGCUGGCUGCUUUUUCCCGCCGCUUCGGAACCCUAUGGAGUUGGAGGUGGUUGAAGGGAAAGUGUUCAGUGCACAGGGUGACAUGAGCGGCCUGAGCGAUGUCGCGAUGUCGCAGAGCCCGGGGAAGAUGAAGAAGUGCACGUCGGGACCGCCAUGUGGGCAGACACCCGCAGGCAGAAAGAAGGUGAACCCCAAGGCAGUGCCAGCGACCGGAGACACCGCAUGUGCACAAACUCAGGUCUCCAGACGCCGUCGACGCCCCGGGAUGGCAACUUUGGCGGAAAUCAGAAAGUUUCAACGAUCCACCGACCUUGGCUUGGCUUUCGGGCCGUUCUUGCGACUCGUGCGCAAGGUUGUGGAGGAAAAUAUUGCUCCGGGUAUGGGCGUGAGGUUUCAGAUGACGGCGGUGCGUGCUUUGAUGGAGGCUGCCGAGGCGUACCUGGCUGUCAAUUUCGAGAACACCAACGAGGUGGCCAUCCAUUCAAAGAGGGUGACAAUCCAGGUCAAGGACAUGAGACUGGUGGAUAGGUUGUCGAAGCCUCGCUCGGUUGAGAAAUAUCAAGGUAUGUUGGACGAGAAGGCGAGAGUUGAGGAGAGACAGCAAUGGAUAGAGGCCAGACAGGCGGAAAGGGAUGGCAGCAGAGCAGGGUCGAAGAAGAGGAAAGCAGUGCCACGUGAGGGGGGCGCGCAAAAAAAAAGGCAGCUUGAAAAUUCUAUUGUGUGUGUUGCAUAACGGUUGUCCUGUCGAAUCGUGGACUCCGUGGAAGUUUCCGUGGUGUUAGGUCG